CCCGUGUCCCGCUGUCCCAGGCUUUCUCUGAGUCAGAAGCGAGUGGAGAGCUUUUGUCCUCCUCCCGCCCCAGCAACUUAGACCCAAGGAACCCGCGCGUAGCCAGCGUCGGAGAAACGGGGGGCGAGGUUGGGGACCUGGAGGAGGGCCUGUGCUCCUAAGCCUUGCUAGGAUAUGCCAGGCCUUGGGGGCCAUAGCUGAGGAGUCGGGGCGGAGCCGCAGGGCCAAGCCUGCCGCCCGGUUGAGUGUGACUCCACGGUCCCGGGGUAGGGGGUGGGGUGGGGGACAACCCUGCAGCUGGCUGGGACCCGGGGCUGGUUUCCUGUCUGGAAGGGAAGGGGCCCGCAGAGGGGAUCAGGGCCAGCAGCAGCCAGGCACACCCCUGACUUUCUCCCUCUCUUUCUCCUCCCUUCUGCUGGAAAAGCGAGGUCUUGGAACAGCACUAGGAGAGAAAAUUUUGUCAAAGAAGCCAGAGUGGUCUAACAGGACUGCAGAGGGACAGGGACAGAUUCUGCAUUCUGUCCCAGAGCUGGACACCUCUCUCAAGCCCAGGGAGCAGUGGGAGGAGAAACUGUGGGACAGCGUGGUGCCUACCUGGCCUCUCUCUGGGCAGCAAGGGAAGGGGCUCUAGGGGACACAGAGAUGCAGGACAGAUUGCGAAUCCUGGAGGACCUCAAUAUGCUCUACAUCCGGCAGAUGGCACUCAGCCUGGAGGACACAGAGUUGCAGAGGAAACUAGAUCAUGAGAUCCGGAUGAGGGAAGGGGCCUGCAAGCUGUUGGCGGCCUGCUCCCAGCGAGAGCAGGCUCUGGAAGCCACCAAGAGCCUGCUGGUGUGCAAUAGCAGGAUUCUCAGCUACAUGGGCGAGCUGCAGCGGCGCAAGGAGGCCCAGGUGCUGGGAAAGACAGGCCGGCGACCUUCCGACAGUGCGCAGCCCCCCGAGCGCUCUCCUUGCCGAGGCCGGGUCUGCAUCUCUGACCUCCGGAUCCCACUCAUGUGGAAGGACACGGAGUAUUUCAAGAACAAAGGCGAUCUGCACCGCUGGGCUGUGUUUCUGCUGCUGCAGCUUGGGGAACAGAUUCAGGACACUGAGAUGGUCCUGGUGGACAGGACCCUCACAGACAUCUCCUUUCAGAACAACGCGAUUUUUGCUGAGGCAGGGCCUGACUUUGAACUGCGGCUGGAGCUGUAUGGGGCCUGUGUGGAAGAGGAGGGAGCCCUAGCUGGUGCCCCCAAGAGGCUUGCCACCAAACUCAGUAGCUCCCUGGGCCGGUCCUCAGGGAAGCGUGUCAGAGCAUCACUGGACAGUGCUGGAGGCUCCGGGAACAGUCCCAUCCUGCUCCCUACCCCAGCUGUGGGAGGUCCUCGAUACCACCUCUUGGCCCACACCACUCUCACUCUAGCGGCAGUGCAAGAUGGAUUCCGUACACAUGACCUCACUCUCACCAGUCAUGAGGAGAACCCUGCCUGGCUGCCCCUUUAUGGUAGCGUGUGUUGCCGCCUGGUGGCUCAGCCUCUCUGCAUGACUCAGCCUACUGCAAGUGGUACCCUCAGGGUGCAGCAAGCCGGGGAGCUCCAGAGUGGGACACUUGUGCACGGAGUCCUGAAAGGCACAAACCUCUUCUGCUACUGGAGAUCUGAGGAUGCAGAUUCUGGGCAGGAGCCGCUGUUCACUAUCCUCAUCAACAAGGAGACUAGGGUCCGGGCAGGGGAGUUGGAGCAGGCCCCGGAGUGGCCUUUCACUCUCAGUAUCAGCAACCGGUACGGAGAUGAUGAGGUGACAAACACGCUCCAGGUGCAGAGCAGGGACGCCCUGCAGAGCUGGAUGGAGGCGCUGUGGCAGCUGUUCCUUGACAUGAGCCAGUGGAAACACUGUUGUGAUGAAGUUAUGAAGAUCGAAACUCCUGCUCCCCGGAAACCACCCCAAGCACUGGCCAAGCAGGGGUCCUUAUACCACGAGAUGGCCAUUGAGCCACUAGACGACAUCGCAGCAGUGACAGACAUCCUGGCCCAGCGGGAGGGCACAAGGCUGGAGCCGCCCCCACCCUGGCUAGCAAUGUUUACCGACCAGCCUGCCUUGCGUAGCUCCUGCUCGCCUGCCUCAGUCCCAACCUGGACGCAACCCCUGCCCUGGGGAAGACCCCGCACCUUUUCCCUGGAUGCUGCCCCUGCAGACCACUCCCUUGGGCCUUCUCGCUCGGUUGCACCCCUUCCCCCACAGCGAUCCCCACAAUCCAGAGGUUUCUACAGCAAAAGUCAGCUCAGCACAUGGCUCCAGUCCCCAGUGUGAGAGGCACCAGCAAGAGCAUGGCCAAGAGAGAAAAUGACCCAAGGACAACUGGGCUCUAGGGCCAGCUGGCCAGCUUGGGCUCCUCUUCCUCCACUGGACAAGGACGGAAGGCUGGGGAGGGGUGACACAAACCCUUCUUAAGUUGUGGUUACGAUGGUACUGAGGGGACCAUUUCCGGAGCUGGCUAGGACCCCCACCCCCACCCCAAGCGCUUCCUGGGAGAAAACUGGAACAACUCUGCCCUACCUCCCUACACUAACCAGCCUCCAGGGCUGCACUGGAGAGCGGAGAGGAAAGCACCUCCCUUGUGACCCCUACAUCAACCAUUAAAAGUUAUUUAACAGCUCGAA